UCUAUGAGUCACUCUACGCCAGAUGCUGAUAUAAUACAACGUGUUAAUAUAGCAUAACAUAAUAAACAUAACAGAUGAUUCCAUUUAAACUUAAAUUAAAAUGGAGAGCUGGGUGCCUAGUAGCAGUAGCCGUGACUAGAUCCAGGCGUCGCGACGCUCUUCUCUCAUUGGUAGAAAGAUCCCAUGCUUGACAGUGGCGGCAAUCUCCCACCAUUCGGAAGCGACAGACCUUCCGAUCUAAGCGAGUAUUCAGUUGUUCGCGAACCUUCGUGCAGUGAGGAUCGUUUUUCUCAAUUUUUGUUAGAAAAAAGUGCGCGAGCUAAACAUUAAUUAACGUCCAGAUCAGUUGCAUCGCGACGCGUAAAGUCUGUGCUUCCUGGUCGAUUGAACCCAGUGUAACAGCAGGAGUUACUCCAGGAUUUUACGAGCAUCAACGAAGCACAUCCUCUGAUAAGUCAGAAUGGGACUCUCCGGGUGUUACGGCCUCAUCAAAUACAUACUCGUGUUCGUGAACCUCAUAUUCUGGGCUCUCGGUCUUACAACGGUAGUCCUGGCCAUAUGGAUGCUGACGGAUUCUACUUUCUUGGUGUCCGUCACCCAGGAACAAGACAAUUAUAAUGCUGGAUUAUAUAUCCUACUUGCUGGCGGGGCUCUAAUGCUCAUCGUCGCCUUCCUCGGUUGCUGCGGCGCCUUCCGAGAGUCACAGUGUAUGCUAGUUGGUUUCUUCAGUUGCCUCCUGGUGGUUGUCGUCGCCCAGAUUGCCGCUGGAGCCUGGCUCUACAACACUAGCGACCGUCUCGAGGCACUUGUCACGAAUUCCGUAAUGAAUACGAUUAAAAAAGAAUAUGGCAUAAUCGAAUCUCGUACCAAAACUGUUGACGCUUUCCAAUCUGGUCUUCAAUGCUGUGGUGCCAAAGGACCAUCUGAUUGGGUAGGAAGCUCAUUCGCCGAAAAAGAUCCAACAAGUCCUAUUAAGUUGACCGUAUCGGCUGUAGCAACCCAGUAUCCUAUACCCAGGUCCUGCUGCAAGUUAGGAGAUGAUACGGCUUGUGAGGCGAUUCUUAAAAUAAACGUAGCUGACAUACCAAAUCCUGGAAUCUACAAUGAGGGUUGUAUCAACAAGCUGGUAGAAGUCUUGAAGAGUCAAGGAUGCAUCAUACUUGGAGUUACCAUAGGAAUAGGAAUACUGGAAUUUUUGUGUCUGAUAUUCUCUCUUGUACUCUGUUGCGCGAUCGGUUCUCCCGAUCGGUACAAGGCUUAAGAUCUCAAUGAUUUUAUUAGGUGCCAAAUGGUAUCGUUCAAAAAAAUUAUCGUGUUAAACUUUUAGCGCUAUAGUCGAUUCGUAGCUUCAGUUUGUGCCAAGUGCCGAAUGGAAUUAUUGAGAUAGACAGAAUGAGUCUUGAAUGAGAUCUCUUCCUUACCGACUAAGAAAUUAAAAUAAUUCAAUACUCCUCAGGAGUGAUCGAUAAUUAUUCGACUUGAGAACCAAAAACUUCAAAGUAGAAUCCAUGACACAAUGAAAAAAGUGGAAUGAAUAGAGACAACAACAACGCUGGAAGCAUAUAAAUACAAUAAGUCUUAUCGUACUGAACGAUUGCGACUAUCCAACCGAGAAUGUAAUCAGAAUUGCUAUCCUUACCGAGAAUGUAAUCAGAAUUGCUAUCCUUACGUUUUCCUGAUUCGUUUCAAUUAAAUCUCGAACUAUAAAUAAGAAGACAUAAGAGAGUAAAUGAACCAUAACAAGACUCAUUUGGACAUUGCGCAUCCCAGGACGUCGUCGAGUACAAAAUUCGAAAUUUUCUUCUCAAAAGAGAAAGCAGGCAAAAGAGCAGAUACGUCUUUUCAUGCUUUUAUUUUCGGGCCAAAGUAUCUUGACCAAAUAUUAAAAAAAAAGGAAGUAUAUCAGUCCGCCAAUAAAAAAUAUUUAUUCUGCUCUAAUGUGGACAAUAAGGCUUUGAUUGCUGGGACGACCGUUUGGCAGGAUUUGAAUAACGAAUAUUCUAGUUGGGCACAGAUUCUAAUUCUCGCGUGAGUCGUACUUCUGAAAAAGAAACACCACACGCAUACGAAGUGCAUAAGUCUCUAUGGUUAAUUUGUCCAAAAGAAAUUAGAGUUUGUCAUGUACUAAAGACAAAGAGAAAAAAGGCACUGCUUCCAUCUUUCACUCAAAAGCAUAAAUCCCUCACUAUCACAAAGUACGCGUACGUGACUUCCCGUAUUUGAUCCUUCAAGAAUCUUAAACCAAUAUAUGCGGAAACUUAAAGCGUUGUUAUACACAAUAAAUUCUCUGUGAAUCGCGCGAGAUUCGCGAAGACUAAUUAAAACAUAUUCAGCGAGCCAGCCAAGCUCUGCGAAACACUGUGGACGUGGAAAUGCCGGCAUUUAUUUCCGAGAUUAUAUUUCAUUUUUGGUUUUAUUUUUUUAAUGAAAAUACGAAAUCUUAAGACCUUGUCUUUACAGAUGAAAAAUGUCAGAAUCAAUGACGGGUUAGAUUAUACGAAAUAUUUUUAUUAGCGAGCCGCGCUUUUAGGGAGUGUUCUGCCAUGUCCGUACUCCUCUUAAUCAUUUUGAUAUUGAUAUACAUACGUAUUUUUCACUAGAUAUUUUUUUUCAUUUCGUUUCGAUGCGAUACUUUUAGCGAUUUAUGCGAAUCUCUUCGUGUACCUUAUGCUCUGUCCAAUUGGACGUAUUCUAUGUCCGAGGCAUUCUUAAUACGAUUGUAAUUAUAUAUUGAUAUUGAUAUAUAUGAGAAAUGUAAGAGAAUGUCUGUGUGUGAGAGAGGGAGAGAGAGAGAGAUGCAAUUGUGGACAAAAAUGCACUAAGUCACUUUUAGUUCGUACAUAUAUGUAUUUGUAUAUGUAUAUGUAUAUGUAUUUUAGGGUAAUUGCGAAGAUCUAUCACACACACACACACACACACACACACACACACACACACACACACACUAUAUUUAAGCUUGUUUACACUGUGGCCGACGAUAUUAAUACCAUUUGAGGUAUUGUACAAGGUUUUUACGUUUUUUUAUUCUGAAAGUUCAUCGUGUUUCUCUUCAUCUUUUUGGCACAUUGCGAUUGUUCGCUCUUAUCAUGAUUAUUUUAUUUUUGUUUUCGUUUUCGUCGAACUUAACGAGGCACGCCUCGUAAUGAGGAACAGAUUUAACAGAGCAUUGAGAAAGUGAUUGAGAGAGAGAGAAAAAGAGAGAGAGAGGAAAAAGAGGGCUAACGAUAAAUGACAAUGAGGGUAACUUGAACGAAAUUCUAUUUUCGUAAUUCGGAAGUGAAAUAUAUAUAUAUAUGCAUUCAUGUUUGUAUAUUGUAUUAUCAGAGGCUGCGCACAGAAAUCCGAAAUAAACCUCUUUAUUCACGUG